AUGGUGAAAGGUCCGGGACUCUACUCCGAAAUCGGAAAGAAGACCAGAGAUCUGUUGUACAAGGAUCAUCACGGCGACCUGAAGUUCAGUGUCGCCACCGACUCUCCCACCGGAGUUACGGUUACCUGUUCUGGAACGAAGAAAGGAGAGCUGUUUCUGGCUGAUGUCAAUACUCAGCUGAAGAACAAGAAUGUGACGACUGAUAUCAAAGUGGACACUGGAUCCAACCUUCAUACCACUAUCACUGUUGACGAACCUGCUCCUGGGCUAAAGGCAAUCUUUAGCUUCAAAGUUCCAGAUCCAAGGUCUGGAAAGAUGGAGCUUCAGUACAAGCAUGAGUAUGCUGCUGUAACUUCAAGCAUUGGCUUGACAGCAAACCCUACUGUCAACUUCUCUGGUGUUGUUGGAAGUGAUGCCUUGGGCCUUGGUGCGGAUGUUUCCUUUGACACCAAGUCUGGAAACGUCACUAAGUGCAAUGCAGCAUUGACCUAUGCCAAUGCUGAUCUUGUUGGUGCUCUGAGUUUGAACGACAAGGGUGAUUCUCUGAUUGCUUCCUACUACCACUACGUGAACAAUUUCACUGCUAUUGGUGCUGAGGUGGGCCACAGCUUCUCUUCUAAUCAGAACAGCAUCACCAUCGGCACCCAGCACGCUUGGGACCCAUUGACAUCAGUGAAGCUCCGCUUGAACAACAGUGGCAGGGCAAAUGCUCUGAUCCAGCACGAGUGGCGGCCAAAAUCUUUCUUCACUCUCACUGGAGAGGUAGACUCCAAGAACAUUGAAAAGAGUGCCAAGGUCGGAUUGUCUCUUGCUCUCAAGCCAUGA